GGUUGACCAUCGACCAUACGUCCAAACGCGUUCUAUUUACUAUUUAUUAUACAAAAUGCCUAAAGUUAAAGUGUCUUUAUCUUCACAAUUAAACAAUUAUGUGUCUGAAUUCGGUCCUGAAGUGUUCUCAACAGACGGUAAAAUACUUUAUUGUAAAAUUUGUGAUAUCAAGUGUGGAAGUGCUAAAAGGUUUAAUGUCACACAACAUUUGACUACAGGAAAACAUAUGAAAUUAGUUGCCCAGAGAGAAAAAAAUGUAAAUAUAAAAAAAGCUCAACAGCAUUUUCUAACUGAUACUAAAAAAUCGUGCUUCAAUAAAGAUUUGUGUUCCGCGAUGUUAUCGGCCAAUAUACCGUUAAAUAAAUUAAAUAAUGAAUCUUUUAAAUCAUUUUUAGUAAAAUAUACUGGCAAAAUAAUUCCAGCCGUGACAACAUUACGAAAAGGCUACGUAGAUGAAAUUUACGAUGAAACAUUAAUUAAAAUUAGGAAUGCUGUUAUUGACAAAAAAAUCUGGGUGUCCAUCGAUGAGACAACUGACUCUUUAGGACGCUUUGUCGCAAACGUCAUUAUCGGUACUCUCGAAACGGAUACUCCAGGAAAAACAUUUUUAUUAAACUCUGAAGUACUGCCUAAAGUUAAUAACUCGACUAUUGCAAAAUUAUUUGACGACUCGAUGCAUAUUUUGUGGCCCGAGGGAGUGCGACAUAACGACGUCUUGUUAUAUUUAAGUGAUGCGGCUCCUUAUAUGGUAAAAAGUGGAAAUGCAAUUAAAAUUUUUUAUCCUAAAGUUAUCCAUGUAACGUGUAUUGUUCAUGGGCUUCAUCGCAUAGCAGAAAAAAUUCGUGGACACUAUUCAAAAGUAGAUAAAAUAAUUUCUAAUGUAAAAAAAAUUUUUUUGAAAGCGCCUUCUCGUGUAAUUAUAUUUAAAAGUACAGCACCUGAUCUUUCACUUCCUCCGGAACCUAUAAUUACAAGGUGGGGAACGUGGGUUAAAGCCGCAUGUUAUUAUUGUGAUCACCACGAAACUUUGAAAUCAAUUGUUAAUUCUUUGGAUAAAGAAGAGGCAAUUUCUAUAAAAAAUGCACAAAAAUAUUUUUCUGACCCUAGUCUAGCUGCAAAUUUAGUGUUUAUAAAAUCUAAUUUUGGAUUUAUUCCCGACGUAAUGACAAAUCUUGAAGCAAAAAAUAUACCACUGUCAGAUGCCAUAAAAUUAAUUGAAGACGUUUUUUUUAAAUUGAAUCUAGUACCCGGUACAGUGGGGAAAAUGAUUCAAGAAAAGAUGAAUGAUGUUUUAGAGAAAAAUAAAGGUUACCAAACAUUAGUUCAAAUUUCAAAAAUCUUAUCUGGAGAAGAAACUUCAAUGGUUAGAAUAUCUGAAAACUUGAGCCUUGGCGAUUUAGCAUAUUUUAAAUAUGCUCCUAUAAAUUCCGUUGAUGUUGAACGUUCUUUUUCAAUAUUUAAAGUGCUGUUAGCUGACAAUAGAAAAAGUUUCCAGUUUGAAAAUUUGAAAAAGCAUCUCAUUGUUCAAUGCAACAACCAAGUUGAAGAAGUUGAAAGUUCUGAAGAAGUAUCCAGAUAA